CAAUAGGCCUUUGGAAGGCCAAAGAUGAAAUUGGUUCCAUUACUAAAACCCUUUCUAGUUCUUCUAAUCACUUUUGGUUUCACCAUUUUCUUUGUGCGACUCAUCGAGCCAACAAACCAAUCUCCCCCCAAAAAUUCUGAGGCCAUGGCUAGAAGUUUCAUUCUCUGGCUACAUGGGUUGGGUGAUUCUGGCCCUGCUAAUGAACCCAUCAAGGGAUUGUUCACUUCCCCUCAGUUCAAGAACACAAAAUGGUCCUUCCCUUCUGCUCCUUCCAAGCCAGUUACUUGCAACUAUGGUUCUGUCAUGCCGUCGUGGUUUGACAUUCAUGAGUUACCAGUGUCAGAUAGUUCGCCAAAAGAUGAGAGUGAUUUGCUCAAAGCAGUUAAGAAUGUUCAUGCAAUGAUCGACAAAGAGAUCGAAGCUGGCACUAAUCCUAAUAACGUUUUUGUAUGCGGAUUUAGUCAAGGAGGUGCUUUGACGUUAGCAAGUGUUCUUCUUUACCCAAAAACUCUUGGAGGAGGUGCCGUGUUUAGCGGAUGGGUCCCCUUUAACGCUUCUAUAUUAGAGCAACAAACUCCUGAAGCUAAAAAGACCCCUAUUCUAUGGUCUCAUGGUAUGGCUGAUAAGACUGUACUGUUUGAAGCCGGACAAGCAGGGCCGCCUUUCCUGGAACGAGCUGGUAUGACUUGCGAAUUCAAGGCUUACCCUCGUCUUGCUCAUUCGAUAAACAACGAGGAGUUGAAGAACUUGGAAUCAUGGAUCAAGACUCGUCUUCAGAGCAACUCUUAAAAAGAUCUACUCGAUAUUCGAUUCAAAAUUCAUUCUAGCAAACUCCUGAAUUCUCAAAACUUGUUGCUUAAUUGUUUGUGUGGUGACUGGUGAGAUUGCUUUAUAUAUUACUACAAAAUUGUAGCAAAGAGUUUAUAUUCUGCUGUAUUUUCUUCACUCAAUUAACCACUGUAAUAGUUAUGAAAUAUUGGACAAAUAGUUGAAAUGCUGUGAAAUUUUUCGAAAAAAAAUAAAAUUGUUGGACUAUAGUUGGGAUUAA